AUGAUGUCAAAUGUAUUGAAUUACUUUUUUAAAAAUUUUGUUUUAAAAGAAAAAAAAACGUUCUUGAGAUAUAAUACAUCAAAAAGAAGAUAUUCGAAAAUAACAAGUGUUAAUAUAAAUAAUUGGAAUAAUAUCCAUAAAGAAAUAAUAAACAAGAUUAAUGACAGUGAUUUUGUUUCUAUUGAUGUUGAGUAUACAGGAUUACAUUUAAAGGAUGAAAGAUAUAUAUCUAUCGAUUCAAGUUAUGAAGCACAUUGUUAUGGAGCAAAGUCUUUUUUUCCAUGCCAAAUUGGAAUAACUAUUGCUAAAAAAAAGGAUGUAAUAAUAACACAUGACAACUAUGAAGGAGGAAAAGAGAAUACUAUGAUUAAAAGGAACAUACACAACAUUAAAGUGGAAGGAAAUAAUGAAGAAAAGAGGAAAAAAUACGAUUUAGAAAAGAGGUGUCAAGAAUGGGAUAUAUCCCCUUAUUGUAUUUAUGUAUUUCCAAAAGAAAAUAAAUAUUUUAGUGUAUCGACAACAACUCUUAUUUUUUUAAGGGAAAAUAAUUUUGAUUUUAAUGAAUGGAUAUUUAAUGGUGUAGGAUAUUUAAGACCAAAUGAGGAGGAAGAAAAAAAGAAAAACAUUUUUGAGAAAAUUGAUGAGUUAAAAAAUUUUCUGAAUAAGUGUAACUCAAAUGAGUGCAGUAGGAAAGUAAAUGAAAAUGAAGAGGUACCGAGAGAAUCAAAAGAAAAAAAAGAAAAAAAUAUGGAUAUAAAGAAAAUCAUUCAAGAAAUAGAAAAUUAUAAAAUUGUUGACGAAGAAGACAAAGAAGCGGUUGUUCAAAUAAUAAAAAAAAUUGGUAUUUGGCUGAAUAGUGAAACAAAGGCAUCCAUUGUAAAUUACUCCAAUAAUCAUAUAAAGAGUAAAGUAAAAUUUCCAACACAAAUCAGUGAAGAAAAUACACGAAUUUUACUUGAAUCAAAAAAUGGGGAAGAAUCCCCUCUUCAUUUAAAAAAGAUGUAUACUCAAAAGAAUGACAUAAAAAGUGAUAGCUUUGAUGAUGCAAACAAUAGCUAUUUUAUUAAGGGGCUUUUUGACAAGGGGGAAGUUAACAUUUACCAAAAUAAUGCAUGUGAUUCGUUAGAUAUUGAAGGGAAGAACGAGAAUGGUAUCAUAUGUAAUAGGAGUAGCAGUAAUCGCAGCAGUAAUCGCAGCAGCAAUCGCAGCAGCAAUCGCAGCAGCAGUGAUAGCACCAAUUGUGGAAAACCUUGCGAUGAUGAAAACGCGGGAAGGAGUGAAAAGAUGUUCAGCGGUUUUCGAAACGCAAAUAACUUUGAUGAUUACUCACCUAAUUAUCCCUUAUACAUAGAAAUAGAGAACCCAUAUCUUCGACUUCUUGCACAUACAUUAAUAACCAAGUAUUUUAAUUCUAUUUUCUGUAUAUCGGUGAAAGUGAACAAUAAGAAACAUUUAGCUAUUUAUAGAAGUGAAAAGGAUUCAUAUAAAGAACAAAUAAGAGCAUUUCAGUUAGAGAUAGAAAAAAUAAAUCAAACCAUUGGUGUAAGACUAUUAUUUGAUGAAAUUAUAAAAAAUAAAAAAAUAAUCACAGGUCAUAAUUGUUUUUAUGAUAUUUUACAUAUAUAUCAAACAUUCUAUCAUGAUUUACCAACAUCGAUAAGUAUAUUUAAAAAAAAAUGGAUAGAAUUAUUUCCAUAUACAUUUGACACCAAAUACAUGAAUGAAACCAAUGAAUAUCUGUAUGCAUUAAAUGGACCAGCGACAUUAAAGGGUUUAUGUGAUUAUAUGGCUUCCUUAAUUUCGUCAAGUAAUGACUUUGAUUUUUUUUUUAAUUUUAUAAAUGGACAUUUAGAUCUUCCUCAAUGUUAUGUCCAAUUUGUAAAUAAAAAAAAUGACAGCCCACGUUUAAAUGAGGAAGGAUACAGCAUGAUUGAUAAUGUUGGCAGUAAUGAUCAGAAUAAUGAGGAAGAUGAAAACAGAUGCUUGGAAAAUGAUAGAAUUUCUACCUAUUGUGAAAAUAAGAUAAAGAAUGUAACGUGUGAAACUGAAGAAAAAACAUGUUCACAGCUGAAUAACACCAAUAAUAACAUGAAUAAUGUACCAAGGAGUGAUGAACAUAAUGCUGGUUAUGAUAGUCUUUUAACAUGUUUACUUUUUAUAUUUCAGUGUCAUUACAUUUUAAAAAAAAAUAAUAUUAUGUGGAGCGAUAUUUAUUUUAACAGAAAAAAUAAUAGCAAUGAAAGCGCUAAAUGCUUUUUUGAUAUUUUUUCAAGUAUGUGUAACAAAAUAAAAAUUGUAAAAACUCAACCAAAUGUUAUUUCUUUAACUAGCGCUGAUAAUUAUGAAAUGGCAAGGCAUUUUUAUAUGUAUGAUUAUCCAACGUAUUUUAAAAAAUGGGAAAUAAUGAAAAUUUGGUCCCCUAUUUGGAUAUCAUUAAAUAAGGUAGAUGAUCACUCUUGUUGGAUAAUUGCCAAAAGUGAUGAGGACGCGAAAAAUAUUAAAAUGAUAUACAAAAUGUUGCAAAACCCUCAAUUUAAGUUAUGUACAUAUGAGGAAUAUUUAAAUAAGUUCAAAUCUAAGUAG